AUGCACUCGCGCCAGCCUAUCCAAGUCGUCGGUUGCCAUGCCGAAGGUGAGGUGGGAGACGUCAUUGUUGGCGGCGUACCCGAUGUCCCAGGCAACUCAAUGUUGGAGAAGCUGCAAAACUUUAAAAAGUCCCACGACAAUGUGCGCCACCUCCUCUUGAAUGAACCCCGCGGCCGAGCUUCGUUGAACCUUAAUCUACUGGUAUCGCCCUGUGACCCCAAGGCCGACAUGGGCUUGAUCAUCAUGUGCAACGACUCCUACGCCUUCAUGUCCGGCUCAAACGUCAUAUGCGCGACGACCGUUCUCCUUGAGACAAGCAUGCUUCCCAUGACCGAGCCUCAGACAACUCUCACUCUGGACACUGCAGCUGGCCUGGUUACCGUCACCGCACAAUGCGAAGCAGGGAAGUGCAAGUCGGUGGCUUUCGAUGGCGUCCCGGCAUUUGUUGCCAAGCUGGACUUCAAGGUUGAUGUGCCUGGGUUAGGCGUCGUUUCCGUCGACAUUGCCUGGGGUGGCAUGUGGUAUGGAUUUGUGGAUGCUCGCUCUCUGGGCCUGACGGUGUCGAACAACCAUUGUCGAAAACUGAUUACGGCCGGUGACAUGGUAACCAGGGCUAUCCAGAGCCAGUUCACGCCAGUCCAUCCGGACAAACCAGAAAUGGCAGGCGUUUGUACCGUGUGUAUAACAGAGGAAGUCACAGAAGAGCCGGCGUGUUUGACAGCCAAGAACACAGUCAUCAUCCCAUCUAGCAGACUAGACAGAAGCCCCUGUGGAACAGCAACGUCUGCCAGGAUGGCCAUCUUGAACGCUCGUGGCCAGUUGCAAGUAGGGCAACUUUUCAAACAUCGCAGCAUUAUCGGCACCGAGUUCAUAGGGCAUGUUCGGCGUACAACCAAGGUUGGAGUGUUUGAUGCCAUCGUGCCGAAUGUAUCGGGGAGGGGUUGGAUCACAAGCCAUAAGCAGAUUGUCCUAGAUGCUACCGAUCCGUAUCCAGAAGGAUUCCGAGUAGGGGAUCAGUGGCCGGUUGCAUCCGACGGGUAG